CAUGUAUUGACUAAGAUUCUCUUCUUGCCACCACAAUGCCGCAGCAGCGCGUGCUCCCCCAGAGCAAGGAAACCCUCCUUCAGUCUUACAACAAGAGGCUGAAAGAUGACAUCAAGUCUAUCAUGGAUAACUUCACAGAAAUAGUCAAAACUGCAAAGAUUGAGGAAGAAACCCAAGUUUCUUGGGCAACCCAAGGCAAGCAGGACAACUAUGAGAUGCAAGUCAGAGCUGCAAAUAUUGUUCGGGCUGGUGAGUCUCUUAUGAAGCUUGUCUCUGACCUAAAACAGUUUCUGAUCCUCAGUGACUUCCCUUCCAUCAACAAAGCCAUCAACCAGCGGAACCAGCAGUUGCGCAGCCUUCAGGAGGAAUGCGACAAGAAGCUUAUUACCCCGCGUGAUAAGAUCUCAAUAAACCUCUAUGAGCUGGAGGAAGAAUAUUACUCUUCCAGCUACAGUCUGUGUGACACCAACGACCUCCCGCUGUGUGAAGCAUAUUGGAGACAGGAGCUGACCAUGUCCUCCCCAGAAGGCCUAGCCAUGCCUCUGGCAGCUGCCAUGAUAGAGAACAUUCCGGCCUCUCAGGGGUCCAUUCCUUCUCACCCUCACAUCAACAGGCAUGGAGCAGGCCCGGCGGAGCAUGCCUGAAAAGGGAGCCUGCAAUUCUCCCCAGCUUUGUUGCAUUUUGACAGUUGAACAUUCCGGUGGUUGCAUCAAGACAACAUUUUCCUGC